AGUUUGAUUGGCCGCUCCGGAGAUGAUACGUGAGCAUGUGCCAGAGGGAGGGGAAAGAUGGCGGAGCCGCCGAGCGUCUCUCCGGAAACUCCUUGGGGAGGAAAAGUUGACACAUCUUACAGCGACAGUGGGUUGGAUUCUGCACUCUUUGUGGAAAACAGGAAAAAAGGGAACAUUGUAUCAAGAGCUAACAGUAUUGGCUCUACCAGUGCCUCUUCAGUACCAAAUACAGAUGAUGAAGACUCUGAUUAUCAACAAGACACCUACAAAGAAACAUACAAGGAUCGCCGUCGCCGUGCUCACACGCAAGCUGAGCAGAAGCGGAGGGAUGCUAUCAAGAAAGGUUAUGAUGAUUUGCAAGCAAUUGUACCUACAUGCCAGCAGCAAGAUUUCUCAAUAGGUUCUCAGAAGCUAAGCAAGGCGAUUGUGCUGCAGAAGACCAUUGAUUAUAUUCAGUUCUUGCACAAAGAAAAGAAGAAGCAAGAGGAAGAGGUCUCCACUCUCCGAAAAGAUGUGAUGGCCUUGAAAAUCAUGAAAGUAAACUAUGAAGAGAUUGUUAAAGCUCACCAGGACAAUCCCAGUGAAGGAAAGAAUCAGGUCUCUGACCAGGUGAAGUUCAAUGUUUUCCAGGGUAUCAUGGACUCCUUGUUCCAGUCCUUUAAUGCCUCCAUCUCUGUGACAAGUUUUCAGGAGCUCUCAGCUUGUGUUUUCAGCUGGAUAGAAGAGCACUGUAAGCCACAGACCCUACGAGACAUUGUCAUUGGUGUACUGCAACGACUGAAGAGCCAGCUCUACUAAUCAAAGAGACAGUCAUGAAGGGGCACAACAUAAUUUGGAGAUAUAUGGCCAAGAAGCUCUAUACCUUCCAGUAAUUCCAUUUCAAGCUUUUUUUAGGGCUACAGGUUGGGUUUACCUCUGGAAUCCCCUCACAGUUUGCACUGCAAGCUCCUUAAAUGAGCAGAAAAGCAAUCAACUCUCUGUUCAAGGGGAUCAGUUGCUGCCAUAUCCCUCUUUCAAGUCUUGGCUCCACAUGUUCCUAUAUAUUAAUCUAGCUGAUCUGAUAGAAAUGUAUUUAUAAUAUAUCAGGGUUUCACAAUGAGCCAAAUUCUUUUCUUAAGCAUGCAGAAACACUGGCCAUUCUCUUCACCUCCGUUUGGUAAAUACUUUUUCUAAAUGCCUAGAAGUUACACAUGAGGUUUGGUUUAAGAGGCAGUAGCUAGAUAUAAUGACUUUAAAAACAGAGCUGUUUUACACACUACCAUGGCUCCAUGUAGCAUUUACCAUGGAUUAAGUGCAGAGAACUGGGGAAAUUAAGCAAUAAACUGCCUUGCUUUGUAUACUGCAUUCUGACAGUUUUUAUAGAGAGGCAGUAAGCCAUGCAGAUGCUGCAGCAACAUCCUCCUGUUGUGUAGUCAACCUUGAGCUUUUUUAAAUUGUUCAUCCUAUAUGCAAGCAUUACUUACCUUCACUUCAAUACUAUGGAUUAAGAGUCUGGCUAGGCUUAUAGAUUGUUGUGUUAGCACUAAAAGGGGAAAACUUUUUAGUCUCCCAUAGCCCUGGUUUCUAAUGAUGCAAUGAAGUGAACUUAAGCCAACUCCCCUCUGCAGCUCGUUUUUUUUUUUCUUCUUUUAUUUUUUGCUGCAAAGGUGGGUCCACUGUCUUUUAUAGGCACUGCUUUCUGGAUCUGCUGCUGGUUGGUGGAGAAGGACAUUAACUCAGACAGACCUAUUUUUUUAUUAUGACAAGCAGUUCUAAUAAAUUUGCUGUGUGGUUGAAUGAC